AAACCCUUCCCUUCUCCCUACCUCUCCUUAUCCACACGCACCCUCCGCUCCUCUCUGCCUUCCCUUCGCUCCGCGCUGCGGAUCGCUCCUCCCACGCCACCAGCGCGCAUGGCGCUCCACGCCGUCUCCCCCGCGGCGGCCUCAUCCCUGCCGCGCGCCCUCUCCGGCCGCCUCCCGCAGCGCGCAGGCUGUGGUUGUCUUGCCAAGCAAUCGGUCUUGAUGAGCUCCUCCGCAAACUUCACCAGACUUCAGGUUGGAACAGUAGGCUUUGUUAGCAGACCUCUGGUUCUUCGACACUUAGACAAGAGAGCAGUUUUGGCGCAUGCCACUAUUGAAGAAAUCGAAGCAGAAAAAUCUAUAAUCGAAGACCAAGCUAAAGAAAAGAUGGAGAAGGCAAUCGAAACAGUCCAAAGUAACUUCGAUACUGUGAGGACAGGGCGUGCAAACCCGGCCAUGUUUGACAGGAUUGAGGUCGAGUAUUAUGGAACUCCAGUGAACUUGAAGAGUAUUGCACAAAUAAGCACUCCAGAUGCAACUUCUCUUCUUAUCCAGCCAUACGACAAGUCUAGCCUUAAACUUAUCGAGAAAACAAUAGUUGCUGCAAAUCUUGGUGUAUCAACAAGCAAUGAUGGAGAAAUUAUACGAGCUACUGUUCCACCAUUGACAUCUGAUCGCAGAAAGGAGUUAGCAAAAACUGUAGCUAAGUUAGCUGAAGAUGGCAAGGUUGCUAUAAGAAACAUAAGAAGAGAUGCAAUUAAAGCUUACGAUAAACUGCAGAAGGAAAAGAAACUUUCUGAAGAUAACGUGAAGGAUUUAUCAGCCGAUCUACAAAAAGUCACGGACGAGUACAUGAAAAAGAUUGAAUCCAUCCAAAAGCAGAAGGAACAGGAACUGAUGAAAAUUUAGGUCUCGAACUGAUUGUAUAACUGGUUAGUUACAUCUAUUCCUGUGAAAUGUGAUCCCCUGCCUGUGUUGAAGAAAUCAACCAUGCCGCUACAUCGUGGUAAAUUUUGCGGACACAGUUUUUAUUUUUUGAAGCAAUUUCGUCUCUUGAUGGUUGGCGUUGCGCUCGGGAUGCGGCCUUUUGGGUUGGAGCCUUGCUGAAACUGGUGGAUGCAAGUUCAGACCACGUUGUUGCGCCCCUCGUUUCCCUUUUUUGUAAUGCCAGUAAAUAGACUCUCAUCACCGUCUUGUCCGACUGCUAGGUUGUCAAUACUAUAUUUCUCACCGUAUGAGUCAAAUGUUCUGUCAAAUUUGCUACGGCUUACUCUCAAGUCACAGUUUCUUCUA